AUGAACGUACAGGCACACCAACAACAAGUUGAUUGGAGUUCUCUCACGUCCUCUCAACUCCAUGCUCUUCCUCCGAGUGUUUUUCAAACAGCAAGUGCGUUCAAUAUUUCUCAAAUUCCUCCAAACGCUUGCAAUGGAUUUCGUUCCGAUCAAUUAAAUCAGUUAAAUGGUGCAGCCUGUUCUGGUUUUCAAUCUCUGGAUUGUUUUAUGAAUAUUACUUCAGAAGCCUUCUCAGGUAUUUCAUCCGAUUGUUUAAUUAAUAUUCCACCCUCAACGAUACAAGUAUUAAAUUCUGAACAAUUGAGCCAAAUUCCUGCCAAUUCCAUGACUGGACUCACAACAACACAACUCUCAGUUUUAAAUCCACAAACGUGUACGGGAUUUUCAGCAGCUCAAAUUUCCAAUCUUCCCUCAUCACCCAUGUUUGAUACUUGCCAUGGAUUUAGUGAGGGAUGUUUCUUGAAUUUACCUUUAACGAGUUUGAAUGGAAUGACCUAUUCAUGUCUAUCUUCCAUUCCGAAAAUGACUUUAAUUUAUAUGGAUGCUACACGUUUUGCAGCACUCUCCAUGGACACAGUUUCAAGUUUCAAAGCAGAUCUAUUUCAAUUGUUUUCUGGAGAGACGUGUGCUGGUUUCAAUGACAAGUCACUCUCUGGAAUUCCCUAUGAUACAUGUCGAGUGUUUACAGAGACUUGUUUGUCAUACAUGACGCCACAGGCCUUUCAAGGAAUACAACCAUUGUGUUUGAGAAGUAUUCCGAGAAGGAGUUUGAGAGGUCUCGAUGCUGCUCGUAUUCAAAUGCUACCUAAUGUUGCACUUACCUUAGUGAGUCCAGACCAAUUGAGUGAGCUCUAUAUUUAUCGAAGAAGUGAUUUAUUGAAUGGUCUUACCUUGUCACAAGCUCAAUCCAUUUCAUCCAAUACAAUUUCUGUGCUCAAGUCCAUGUUUCUGAAUGGAGACUUGUUGGCCUAUGACAAUUUGCCUCAAGAUUUUAGAAGAAUGACUUGGCUGCACUUGAGCUCGACAGCUACAGCCUAUACGAAUACAAGAAUCACUUCGAACGCCAUUGUACAAAUGCCAACAUUUACGUUUGUUGGAUUUUUAGGAAUUCAAAUUCAACAAUUACCAGGUAAUAUCUUUCAAAAUGCCACCGAUGGGCAAAUAAGCGCUUUUGAUUGUGAGGCUCUCAGUGGUUUAUCAGCUACACAAAUUUCAUUCAUGUCACCUCGUUUGAUGUGCAUUGUGCAGCCCAAUUUGUUUGAAAGCUGUGUGAAAUUGAGCUCAAUUAUUGGCGUCACUAUUACGCAAUUUAACGAGUCGUUGGCUUGUGGCCAAUUGUCAUUGUCAUGCCCUCAAUUCCAUGCUCUUUCCAAAUCGCAAUAUGAUUUCUUGAUUUCCAUGAAUCAGACUAGUCAACUUAUUGACUCGUGUGGACCCAAUGUUUACAGUUCUGGCCCAUCGAUCCAACCUCAUCCAUCACAUUCUUAUGCCACUCGCUGUACUGUAUUUUCGUGUGGAUUGUUUGUUUGGAUUCUUCUCAUUUCCUUUAUUUCCUUUUAUUUAUUAAAUUAA